AGAAUUUUAAUUCUCCUACCAACUGGUGAAGAGAAAGUGAUUCCUUUCUGUACUAAUUUUCGCGCAACCCCGCAAAAAAUCGUAAAUACGCGAAUUUAAAACGUGAAAGUUGAUUAAAAUUAAUAAAAAUAAGUAAAAUUGAUACGCGUAAAAUAUAUUUUUUUUCAAGAACCAAAACGGAUUGCAGAAAGGUGUUGUGUUAGCUCCAUCUCAACCUUUUAACGAUGAUGCGAAUAUGUUGUCAGAAUAUUUUGUGUCAAUGCAGUGUUGCUCUUUUAAAUUCUUUGAAAAGUCUCCUCGAAACUUCUCGAAAAUUUUCCGUAAAAGCUAAAAGGAUAGGUAAAGUAGAUGUUUUGAACAACUCAAAUCACUUCAAUAUUUCAUCACCCCAACCUGUCGCAUGUUUUUGUUAACCAUUGCAUCACCUUUAAAAUCUUUGAUUUAAAGUCGAAUCUGACCCUACAGACGAGUGGUAACCUUAAACACCUAUAAAGAUCAGAGGGCACUCCAUGUUUUUAUCAUUUUUUCACUUCAAGUUCAUAUUUAUCAUUUAGCAGGUGUUCUCUACACUGUGAUUAAAUUAACGUCCUAAUAUAUUUUUUACUGUGAUUUUAAAUCACAGUAAAAAAUAUAUGAGGACGUUAAUAACUAUAACGUUUUUUUGUUCAGUCUUUUUUGCCAAGCCAUGUCAUAAACUGUUUGGAAUAUCUUUUUGUACUAGUUUUGUACUUGUCAAGGUUGGUUUAACAUUUGCGGACAAAAAGUUCACGAAUGGGAAAAAUCGCGAAAUAUUUGCAUUUCGCGAACAUAAACUUUCGCAAAUGAGCUAAAUUAAAAGAAAUGUUUCACGAAUUCUUUACUAGUGUUGUUUUUACAGAAGAAAAUAUUUUGCAGUAUAUAAAAAUAAUGCUUGGAGUAAAAAAGAUGUCUCGGACUAUGACUAAUAGACGUAUAUUUCGAACACUGGCACGUGACAAUUGUGGAGAAUCAAUGGAACCUGGUGAAGAAGAGAUUAUGUAUUUUGGAUAUAAACCGAACGAUCUGAAAAAGGAAGGUCCAGCAAUAUCAUGCGCCAGUUUAAAACUUGCUGAUGUCAGCUGUACAGAUAGUAAGAAAGAUGAAUUUUAUCAUUGGAUAACAUUUUUAUUUGUAUAUCGCGAUUUCAAAGGUUUCGGAUAUGGGAAGCAAUUUGUCGAAUAUUUGGAUGUUGAAGCCAUGAACCUCAUUCGCCGCCCCGUCAGAACGGAAUCAGCUUAUAAAGCUGUCGGGUUUUUUAAGAAAUGUGGUUUUAAGAAAAUUGCCGAACCCCGCGAGUGCGUUGCUGGUAGUAGUUUGUUCCGUUUUUUAUACCUGAUGGAAAAAGAGCCACGUGUUAUAGAAGUGGAAUGUUGGGACAGUGAUUGAAGUCUUGUCGAACAUGUGAAAAACGAAGAACAGCAACAAGAAAAUAUUCAUCAGGGAAUGUUACCUAUAAUAGCCGACUACAGACAGCUGUGGGAUAAUUUACAGAACAGUAAAGCCAAAUAUGAGCACUUGAUUAUUUGUCAGCUUCCAAAACCUUAAGCUACAAACAAUAUUUACAUGUGGUGGAGAGCGUUCUACGGAAACCCUACACAGACGUAAUUUUCGUAGUUCAAUAAUUUACAGAACAGACGAGCACAACAAAAGAACCCUGAAUAUUCUGACCUUCGCAACAGAAUGGUCUACGGAUACCCUGCUAUAGUCAGAGAAUCAGUGUAGUGAUUUGCAGAUAAGUUUGUGUAUAAUGAGAGCUGUAAUCGUAACAUCUCAGCCUUACGCGAUAGUCAUCUGUGGAAAUCCUGCUACACG